UCUCAUCAAUCGGCACAAGAUCAUGACAUCGGUUAGCAUACGUGGUGCAAAUAUCUUGAAUGUGCUGAGAGGCAAUGGUGCAGCACAGGUAUACCGACAACAAUCGAGAAAAUUGCACGCGGUUUUGUCCAAUCGAUCAGUUGUACGAGCAUCAGGAAAAGAUUCCGAGAAAUUGAUUCAAAAUUUAACAACGAACGAUGUCAAAAAAGUAUCGGAUGGACAAGGUCAAUUGACUGCAUUCCUAAAACCCGAAGGAAGAACGAUUGCAUUUGCAUUUUUAUAUAGAGUUGGAGAAGAUUUAUUCUUUGAUGUUGAUAAAAAUGCUUUACCAGACGUUUUAGCCGCGAUCAAAAAGUUCAAAUUGAGAUCAAAGAUCACGCUGACUGAUGUUAGUCAAGAGAUGGAUGUCGUUGCACAUUGGGCAGGUGAUGAACCUAUUCAAAACACACUUAUAUCUAUAGCCGAUCAACGUGCUCCCGAGAUGGGAUUUCGAUCGAUAAUACGAAAAGAGGAUAUUGGCAACACCGCACUUUCUGAUCUAAAGGCAUACACCGUUCACAGGACCAUGCAAGGCAUUGCAGAAACAUCGCAAGAGAUCACAAUUGGGGGAAUGCCUUUGGAGGAGAAUUUGGAUCUGAUGCAUGGUGUGGAUUUCCGUAAAGGUUGUUAUAUAGGACAAGAACUCACUGCAAGAACACAUCAUACAGGUGUUAUACGAAAACGCAUCGUACCCGUUUCGCUAGCCGAUCAUAUCGAAUCAGAAGUCAGUCAGAUACAACAUAGAGCAGAUUCACGAUUCGAACUCGAUCAACAACUAGACAAUGGCGGAAUAGACGUUCGCUCGGAGCCGCUGAAUAAAGACCCAGAAAGCGCAUCCGGACGACCUUCGAGAGGAAGAUCAGCAGGAAAAUUACUCUCAGUAGUAGAUAAUGUCGGCUUGGCGAUGUUACGAUUAGAGCAAGUCAAUCGAUGGAAUAAAGAUCUCACUAUGCAAAUAACCGGAAAGGAUAAACCGAUUCACGUUCGGCCAUGGAUACCUACGUGGUGGCCAGAAAAUGUACAGCAACAACAGUGAUCACUGCUCUAUUAAUGUAAUAACAUGAAUGCAAUUCCAAUUUUGAGCGU